AUGUCGAGCUCCUCCUCCCUUCGACGUCAGCCGUCGUCGUCGAACCUCACUCGACCAGUCCAACCACGCUCAAGAGCACCCAGCGUUGCACCACCCGUGUCCUCCGCAGGCGCUGCUAGGAGGCUUACCGUCAAUGGAGUAUCGCAAUCUUCGGCUCCAUCUCGCUCGGCUUCUUCUGCUUCCAACGCAAACGAUGCAGACAGGAAACGCAACGAAGCCGGCGAGUCCAACAUCCAGGUCGUCGUCCGUGUACGAGGUCAGGCCCCUAACGAGCCAAAACGCACACAGCCCGGCAUCCUCACCACAUCCGGCCCACGCUGCCAGCAGAUCGAUGUCGCCAUCGAACCAACUCCUGUCUCUUCCUCGUCCGUCAUGGCUUCCUCCUCCAACCUAGUCCAGGAAUCCUCAACACGCCAAAAGAGCUACCAUUUCGAUCAGGUCUUUGGUCCCGAAGCCGAUCAGGGCAUGGUCUACCAGGAUGUCGUCGGUCCCAUCCUUGAAGAGGUCAUGUCUGGCUACAACUGCACCAUCUUUGCCUACGGUCAGACUGGCACAGGUAAAACACACACCAUGGAGGGCGAUCUGACCUCCCAGAUGGGCACCUACAGCUCCGAGGCCGGUAUCAUCCCUCGCUCCCUCUAUCGCCUCUUCCACACACUCGAGCUCUCCAAAGAAGACUACUCGGUCAAAGCCUCAUUCAUCGAGCUGUACAACGAAGAGCUCCGCGACUUGCUUAGCCUCGAAUUCUCUGCAUCCUCAGCCGAAUCUUCUGCACAUGCCACAACAUCCACCCAAAAGGAUACACAGCAAGCUCUCAGAAUGUACGACGAUGCACGAGGCAAAGGCGUCGUCAUUCAAGGCCUCGAGGAAGUUGCGCUCAAAGAUGCCGCCCACGGUCUCACCGUGCUCAGGCGUGGAAGUCAAAGGAGGCAGAUCGCAGCCACCAACUGCAACGAGCAGUCGAGCAGAUCCCACGGCGUCUUCACCAUGACCGUCUUCAUCAAGGACAAGGGUUCUCGCGGCGAAGACGUGCUCAAGAUUGGCAAACUCAACCUCGUCGACUUGGCAGGCAGCGAAAACAUUGGUCGAUCCGGUGCAGAGAACAAGCGCGCAAGAGAAGCCGGAAUGAUCAACCAGAGUCUCCUCACCCUCGGCCGUGUCAUCAACGCUCUCGUCGAAAAGAACAGCCACAUUCCCUAUCGCGAGUCCAAACUCACCCGUCUCUUGCAGGAAUCGCUCGGAGGUCGAACCAAGACGUGCAUCAUUGCCACUGUUUCACAAGAACGUGCCAACAUCGAGGAGACCCUCUCGACACUGGACUAUGCCCUCCGUGCCAAAUCCAUCAAAAACCGGCCCGAGCUCAACACGCGCAUGACGCGGUCUGCGCUUAUCAAGGAGUACGUCUACGAGAUCGAACGUCUCAAGGGCGACCUUCAGGCUUCGCGCGAUCAGAACGGCAUCUACCUCACAGAGGAGUCCUGGAAGACCAUGCACUCGGAACACGAGGAACGCAAGACGCUCGCAGAGACGCUCAAGCGCAAUGCCGAAGUCACCGAGAGCAAGCUCAACAGUCUCAAGGAGCAGUUUGAACAAAACAUGCAGCUUCUCGUCAAGCGCGACAACGAGGUCAAGAUUGCAAAGGCAGAGUGCGCAGACAAGGUCAACGAGCUCGAAGCUAUGAUUGCCAAAGCUACCUCGCUCGAGCUGACCGUCGAGGAAGAGGUCGCACUGCGAAAGGCGUACAUGGCGAGCGAGGCGCAUCUUAACCAGACUGCAAGUUCCCUUGCUAACCUCGUGCAGCAGAGCACCGCGGACGUCCAGGGCCUGUUUGACAAGCUCGAGCGCAAGACAGCCGUCGAGAAAGCCAACCGCGCUCUGGUGGCUGAGUGCAGAAAAGCCGUCUCGCUAAGAGCUUCGGAGCUCGAAUCGAGUUUGACCAACUUCCACUCGGCAGAAGGUCAAUUCCACGCCACCCUCACGUCGAGCCUCGACACGUUUGUCACCACCACUGCAACGCGCCACGACGAGCAGCAGCAGUUCCUGCAAGCACGUCUCAAGAAGAUUUCCACCUCUCUGCGCGAAGUACGGUCCGGCCAGAUGGAGUCCAAGGACGUUCUCGCUGCUUUGCUCGGCGAGCUCGAUGCGACGGUCAACCAGAUGCAGGCUUCCAGCGAGACUAGCUUGGAUUCGCUCAAACAGACAUGUCGUGGUGCUGUCAACGAUGUCGUGCUCGCCAACACGCAGCGCUUUGCUCAAGUGGCUGCCUCGCUAGACUCUAUGGUUCAGUCUCACGUUGCUACGUUGAGGCAGGUGACAGAUAUGAACCAGUCGAGUCAGCGCCAGAUUGCUCAAGUCAAAGCAGCUGCUGACGCGGCCAACGAGCAGGAAUUGGCCAGCUUGAGGGACCAGAAUGCGCUGCUGACGGCGACGCUUGACGAGAUGAAGCGAAGCAAUGUUUCGCUCAAAGCGGACCUUAUGACCGAUUUCGGUAAGCUCCUGGAUCGAUUCACUAACCAGCAGGAAUCGGCUGUCUCGACUUCCAUCCACUCCGCUCAGGCACUUGUCAGUCGGUCCACGGAGGCGCGCGAAUCGCACGCUGCCGAUCAGUCUAGCCAGCUCAACUCGCUCUCCGCAGCAGCAGGCGACAUGGCGACCCAGCUCGACGACGCGCAAUCCUCGCUCGUCAAACAGACCAGCGUGAUCGGCAAAGACGUUUCCCAAGCGAGUGGCGAAUUGGGAACCAAAAUGGACGCCUUCGCCUCUGCUAUCGAAGAAGACCUCUCCUCCACCGCCCACGCCAGUGCUCGUGGGCACGAAGAGAUCUCCACGCUCACGGCCAAAGCGCGGGAAGAAGUCGAGUCGCGCACCAAGGCGCAAUCGGCCAAGAUCAAGGCGUGCAACACAAAGCUCAACGAGACCUUCGAAUCGCUCACGUCCAACCUGGAAGCCUCGUCGCAAGAGAUCGGGGCGGCGGCGAAGCAAGUCAGCGGGCUGGUCGACCAGCGACGAGACGAGACGGAGGCCUGGAGCGAGCAGGUGGCUGGUGAUUUGAAAGCGUUGAGUUCCGACUCGAGUGCGCUGUUGGGGGGCAAGUUCAGGGAGGACAGAAGCACUGGCCAGACGCCGCAGAAGAGGGCGUGGAAGAUGCCCGGGCGGUGGGCGUUGGUGCCUGCCAACCGCGAAGAUGCCAUUGAAGCGGGGCGAAAGGUGGUGCACGAUACCCUGCAACGGUCGGACGAUAUUGUUGCUGCUUCGAGUGACGACGUCGUGCUCAGCUCUGAACCGGACGCGGUCGAACCAUCUUCCGAGGCUACUACUGGGGAGCACGUAGCAGCUGCGGAUGCGGCAGAAGCAGACGACGAAGAUGAAGCACAACUUGCCGUCGAGAGUGCAGCGACGCCUUCUGUCCAAACAACGCCGCAAGAAUUGCAAACAAAGCCGGCGAAUCGACCCCUCCGGGAACUGCCAUUCAGCAACUCGAAUCUGCCAGUCUCUGUCUCGAACGAAGACUUGGUCCCCAUCAAGCAGCAGAUGGAUGUUGCAACGGCAUUACCCAAAACGCGAAACGCCAAGAACAAAAUGAGCGCAACUGCUUUACCGAUAAGCAAGCGUGCGCGGUCGUAG